CCAUCCAUGAACCAUGACUAGCAUAUAAAUACCCUCCAUAUCCUCUCCAUAUAUAAACUAGACGAGUUCCAUUCCAGAUUACAGAACUUCUUUCGAGCUACCAACUCUCUCCAGAAGGGGUUUGUUAACGUGCAUAUCCCUCCAUAUUCUGUAACAUUUCUCUGCGACAACAAUGCAAGGAGCUGGGAAUGGUGAGUAUAGAAAAGGGUUGUGGACAGAGGAGGAGGACAGAAUCUUAACGGAUCACGUAAAGGUGCAUGGCAAAGGGAAGUGGAAUCAGAUAGCAAAAGUCACAGGCCUCAAGAGAUGUGGCAAAAGCUGCAGGUUAAGAUGGAUGAAUUAUCUAAGCCCUAGUGUUAAGCGCGGCGUUUUCUCUGAAGAAGAAGAUGACCUUAUCAUCAGGCUCCAUAAGCUUCUUGGCAACAGGUGGUCUUUAAUUGCCGGUCGAGUUCCGGGAAGGACAGAUAAUCAGGUGAAGAAUCAUUGGAACACUCAUUUGAGCAAAAGACUUGGGAUCAAACAGAAAAAAUGUAAAGUUAGUGCUUCUUCAUCAAAAUUUUCUGAAAAAUUAGGGGCGAAUUCCAGGACAAAAUUAAGUUCAAAUGAUGAACCAAUUUUAUCUCACAACGGUGAAGCUGAAAUCCAUACGGAGAUACAAGACAAUUCUGAAAAAGUAAAGGAAAUGACUAGCUCGCAAGACCCUGUAUUGUUCGGUGAUUGCUAUGACAAUUUUUGGCUUUCCAAUAGUGACCCAUUUUCUUGUUCCCCAAACUUAAUGGAAUUUCUAGACCAGUCUCUUGAUCUCUUUUGCUAUAACUUGUAAUUAAAGCUCCGGGUUUUUUUUUAUUUCAAUAGCUGUUUUAAUAAAUAUUUUUUUUGGUUUUUCUGUAA